GACCGCGCCCUCCCCACGUGCUCACCCGCCGGGGACCCUGAAGGCGCAUGCGUGCCCCGGCGCCUCACCAGGAAGACUACAAGUUCCAGAGAGCCUUGCGGUGGCAUCUCGCGCAAACGCCCCUCGUUGAAAGUGGCCAAGGCGUUCAAGCCGGAGGAAGUGGACUCCGCUGACGAGAGGGGAGCUCUCGCUGCGCACCGCAGUGAACAAAGAGCGUCUCAGCCCAGACAGCUUUCUGGUGAGAGCGGGGUAGUCUCCUUUCAGCAAACCCGUCCUUCCGUUCGUCUCCGUUUUGUCGUGAUAGGGGUGUGGUUGUUCGCGAUCCUCGCAGCUGUCAUUUAGGAUCAAGGCUUGGGUCGACCCAGCCUCGGCGCAACGAUGAACUUGGAGCGAGUGUCCAACGAGGAGAAGUUGAACCUGUGUCGGAAAUACUACCUGGGUGGGUUUGCUUUCCUGCCUUUUCUCUGGUUGGUCAACAUCUUCUGGUUCUUCCGAGAGGCCUUCCUUGUCCCCGCGUACACUGAGCAAAGCCAAAUCAAAGGCUAUGUCUGGCGCUCUGCUGUGGGCUUCCUCUUCUGGGUGAUUGUACUCACUACCUGGAUCACCAUCUUCCAGAUCUACCGGCCCCGCUGGGGUGCCCUUGGAGACUACCUCUCCUUCACCAUACCCCUGGGUACCCCUUGACAACUCCUGCUGCGUGGGUCUGGGGAGCUGCUCAUUCUCCCAGGAUGGGUUCUGCUAGUCUAAGCUCACUCCCAAGCCCCUAAGACUUGUUCUCAUCCCUUUGUUCUCUGUUGACAUGCACCAAUAAAGGACUCUUAUUCUGUAUAUAUAGACAUCUUGGGAUCUUUUGGACAUUGAAGCAUUAAAUAAUCAUUAGUAUUAAUACUCAG